AUGCGGCUGAAGACGCGGUACCUGAGCGCGGCCCCCGGUCACGUGUUUGGAAGCGGCGAGUACAUGACUCUUCCUGACUUCUUCAAGAAGCACCAGAAGGAGGAAAACCGUGAGAUGAAAGCUGAAGGCGUUCACUCUGAGGAGAAUCCUGUGUCGUUCUCGUUCAUCCUGCACGAGCGGUGGUUGAAAGGGCAAGAAACUGACGGCGACGUGAUGACCUGCUACGAGCUCUCCUUGAAAUUCGUCCGCGCGGUUGAUGCGGAACUGGAGUGGCAAAUGCGGGAUCUUGCCAAUCUGGAGGGGUCGAAGCUGUUCCGCACCGCCUCUUACCUCCCGGACAACGCCAAGCGAGCAGAGGCGUUCAAGCACUGGCUGGGCAAACUACACAAACUCUACCACGGGAAGCUGCCAGGAGUUUGGGUUUUAAUAAGUGUCGCGACAUGGCAUACAUUGCGCACAACUGACCGGCGGUCAACAACAGGGGGGGAAGGUUCUCGAGGGGGGCUGGAGGUGGCAGCAGAGGACAGCCUUGACUCUCCAGUCUCUGCAGAGUAUGAUGAUGAGGAGUCGGUAGAGGAGGAAGAGGAGGAAGAGGAGGAAGAGGAGGAAGAGGAAGAGGAGGAGGAAGAAGAGGAGGAGGAGGAAGAGGAGGAGGAAGAAGAGGAAGAGGAAUAUAGAAGCUGA